AUGACUACUACCAAAGUGUCUGGCGAAGACUGUGGAGGCACAGGGCUCAAAGACUGGCAGCCGAGGACGUCGUCACCGCGAGCGAACGGCCGGUGGAGGAUGGAUAUUUUGGGCACCCGGAGGAUGGAUGCUUUGAAGCAACGACGGCUCGGACAAGACGUGAAACUCUCCGCACACCCCUAUUUCUGUCCUCUCUAUACGCCCCUGUGGCCAGCGCGCUCGGAACCCGACUCUAUGGCGGCGCUCUGCCGCUUUCUGUCCCGCGGCACCGAUUUGGAGCAGUACAAGCCGAAACGGAACUUGUAUUUCCCCGGGAACCUCUUUGAAGGUGCGUUUUUCAAAAAUCCAAACCUAUCCCCACAACGCAUAGCCCGGAGAGCAGACAACAGCCGCAGGAGUGACAGCAGCAGCAGCACUGCACAGCGUGCCGAGGGGUACCUGUUCUUGAACGGGGAGCACCACCAGGACACCGAGCGUGUCUUCACGGGGCAGCCGACUCCGGCUCUACGCGAGCAUAUACGCCAGCUGGUCCGACUUUGCCGCCAAGCGACAGCGCGGAACAUCGACGAUUCGGCCCCCAGCUGGGUCGUGGGGACGACCGUGGAGGGGGGGUCGGCGUCACGAGCGUCCCGCCGCGCCGAUCUCACGACCCCUGCCGCAUUCAGGGAGGCUAUCCUGAACGUCGAUGGAGAGGGAGACCCGAUGCGCGGGUGGUACGACGAACGAGCAGUGUUGCUUCUGGCGAAGAUCAUUGGCAUCGAAGUCCAGGUAGUGCGCAAGAUCUCGAACCGCGGUGGUUCAUGGUACGAGACAGUCGACGGUACUGGCCCCGUGCGCGCACCAGUGCUCCUUCUGUGGAGCGGCCGCAUCCACUACGAGACCGUGGUCCCACGAGACACGAGGAGCGCCCCCCCAGCGACGGAUGCAUCAGCUCUGGUGGAGAAGUGCAAAAGAGCCGUCGCCGGAGUAGCCCCCGUGACACCCCCCGCCGCGACUCCCAGCACGCCAUCUCCCACGGCUACAUACGCGGAGGCCGCCGGUGCCGACACCGCCGAGGCAGACAUGGAUGGCGAUGACCGCGCUGUCGCUGUCACUCAAGAUGCGGAGUGCCCCCCACCAUGCCCCUCGGAUUGGGACACGCUUUGUUUUAUGGAGGCGUACGUUGAUGAAGAAGAAACUGACGCUGGCCCGGCUGCUACCGUCGUUGGCAGCACGAGAACCCGUCGGCGUGCGGAGAUGAGGAGGAAAGCUAAAGCUACCAUGGUCAGCGAGAAGAAGAAGAAGAACGAGAAGCGCGCCAUGGCCAGGAAGAAGGCGUUUGCAACGAAAGCAGCAGGGGGUGCCGAGGGGGAGCCCGUGGAGGAUGUCGUCGAGGAGCCCUCUGGCGUGGCGCGGGGCGUGGGCAUGGACGAGGACGGAAAGGGAGGGGCAAGCUGCGCCGCGGGUACAGGCAGCGUGGACGUAGAUGCGGCCGCGUCCUCUGGCCCAUCAGGGGCGGCGCCCUCAACAAUGAAAGUGGGCGUGGUCCCGGGAAGAGGGAGGUGA